UCUAUAAUUUAUCUAAUUAUAAAAAUUUUAACUAACUAAAUAUAUUUUAAUGAAUUAACACAUUAUUUAAGGGUGUCUAGAUGUAAUGAUAAAAGUUCUUUUUAUUUAAAUAAAGUUUGAGUUUGAAUUUUAGAUAUACUCUGUUAAAAUCUUAAGGUAAUUAUUUAUAAAUUUAAUUAAAAUUUUAAGUACGAGUAUAGAUAUGCAGUUGCGUUAAACUCUUGAGAUAAAAUUUUAUUAGAAGGGUCCUACCUAUAGCAAAAAAAAAAAAAACUAAUAAAUAAUGAAAUGACAAAUACAUACGAGGGAUGGAAAGUGUUAACUCUUAAAGAAUAAGGACGAAAGUGCAUAAUAAGAUAAAAUAAUAAAGAGCUACUUGUAAUUAUCAAAAAAUAGAAAAAAUCAAAUAGCAGUGUAUAUAUAUAAUAAUAAUAAUAAAAAGAAAUACAAACAUUGCACCAAGUUUGAGCGGCUAUCCGAGAGUCCCGCAUUGUCUAAAAUUGAUAGGGAACAACACCAACAUCGUCUCCCGUUGCCAUCAUCAAUGCUCUCUCUCUCUCUCUCUCUCUCUUUUCCUUUUCUUUUCUUUUACACUUUUUCAUGUGAUCAUUUCUUUUCUAUUAUUUUUAUUGUUUUAUUUCAUAAUAAAUGGAUCAUAAUAAUUAUAGUAAUAGUAAUUUAAUAACAAUAACACUAACACCACCAUCAACGAUCAUCGUUUCAUUCCCUGUCAACACGAAACAAAACUCUGAAGAUUUAAUCUAUUGUUUGUUUAUUUAGGAUUGUGAUAUAUAUAUAUUUAUAUAUUUCUUUCUAUUUGGUUUGUUGAUUUGGAAACAAAGAAAAGGAAAAUUUAAUGGAGAAGAAGAAGUAUCCGAUUGGAGCCGAGUUUUACAUGCUGUAUGAAGAGGUUGGCCAAGGUGUCAGUGCAUCUGUAUAUCGAGCCUUAUGUAUUCCUUUUGAUGAGAUUGUUGCUAUCAAGAUUCUUGACUUUGAACGCAAUAAUUCUGAUCUGAGUAACAUUUCUCGUGAAGUACAAACAAUGAUCUUGGUUGACCAUCCAAAUAUUCUCAAAUCACACUGCUCCUUUGUUAGCGAUCAUAAUUUGUGGGUUGUUAUGCCAUUCAUGUCUGGGGGCUCUUGUCUACACAUAUUGAAGGCUGUUUAUCCAGAUGGUUUUGAGGAGGUAGUGAUAGCGACAAUACUUCGUGAGGUAUUAAGAGGUUUAGAGUAUCUUCAUCAUCAUGGGCAUAUACAUCGAGAUGUUAAAGCGGGAAACAUUCUCAUUGAUUCACAUGGUACGAUCAAGUUGGGAGAUUUUGGUGUUUCUGCUUGCCUUUUUGAUUCAGGUGAUAGGCAACGCAUGAGGAAUACAUUUGUGGGGACACCUUGUUGGAUGGCACCUGAGGUCAUGGAGCAGUUGCAUGGUUAUGAUUUCAAAGCUGAUAUUUGGUCCUUUGGCAUAACUGCUUUGGAGCUUGCACAUGGGCAUGCGCCAUUCUCGAAAUAUCCACCAAUGAAGGUGUUGCUGAUGACUUUGCAAAAUGCACCCCCUGGUUUGGAUUAUGAAAGAGACAAGAAAUUCUCUAAGUCUUUUAAGCAAAUGAUAGCGAGUUGCUUAGUAAAAGAUCCUUCAAAAAGACCUUCUGCAAGAAAGUUACUAAAGCAUUCAUUUUUCAAGCAAGCAAGGUCAAAUGAUUACAUAGCAAGAAAACUUUUAGAAGGAUUGCCUGCUCUUGGUGAUCGUAUUAAGGCAUUGAAGAGAAAGGAAGAGGAUAUGCUUGCGCAAAAGAAGAUGCCGGAUGGGGAGAAGGAGGAAAUAUCACAGAAUGAAUAUAAAAGAGGAAUUAGUGGUUGGAACUUCAAUCUUGAAGAUAUGAAGGCCCAAGCUUCCCUGAUACAUGAUGAGGACCUAAUAGCUAAUAAUAACCUGGGAGGAAGCUCAAGUUCACUGUCCACAAUUGAUUCACUUGAAAAGCAAUUGGAGUCUCAACACUCUUCUUUGGGGCAAGUUCCAGAAAUGGAUGAGAAUGAUCUGAUGCAAUAUCAACCCACUCAUCUUCAAUUAGGCAACUCCUCUGUGAAUAUUUCAAAAGCUGGAUACGAAAAAUCUGAUGAUGACUCCAACACUACAAGCCCAUCCAGUGAUCAACAUGUUUUACAUAGUUCUUCACAUUAUCUUGAUGAUAAUGUGGAGAACAAUGUGACAGAGAAAUCUAUGUUUGAGAUCAAUGGAAAACCAGUAGAGGACAUAGCUUUACAACAGAAAACAAGAGAUCCAUCAAAUGGCUCUAAUACACUAGAAAAUAUAGUUCCUUCUGAUAAAGAAGAAAGUGAUAAGUUACAAAAUCAAUCACAAAAUAAUUCAAGCUCAGAAGAUGAUGAUGUAGUUUCUGAAAUGCCUUCUAAAGCAUCUAAGAUAUUAGCACGAAACAAUGAUGAACUUGACGAGAAAGCAAAACCACCAGUUAUUCAGCAAAGAGGACGCUUCAAAGUUACUUCUGAGAAUGUUGGUAUUGAAAAGGUUGUUCCAUCGCCUAUAUUGCAAAAGAGUCAUAGCAUGCAGGUUCGUAGUUCUGAGGUGCUACACCAACAUUCUGGGCUUUCUUUGCCAGCAACACCUGAUUCCACAUCAUCAACUCCUUCAGGCCAUUCUUUGUUUCCUCUUUUGAAUUCUGUUUUGCAGAAUAACAUUGUUCAAAGGGAUAACAUCCUUAAUCUGAUGAAACAAGUUUGUGGUUGUGAUACUCCAGCCAGCCGUGCUAUUGAUGGAGGAUCCAUAUUAUCAAUAGCAGGUUCCACAGAGAAUUCUUUGCUAGAAGCAGCUCAUGAUAGGGAGAAAGAUUUGCUACAUGAAAUAACGGAGUUGCAGUGGAGGCUUUUAUGUGCUCAAGAAGAACUCAAAAAAUAUAGAACAGAAAAUGCCCAGGUAUGAUUUCAGUUUUGAAUCCGCAGCAUGAUGAAUAAAGAAAAAAUCUCACAAACCGCACUACACAAAAGGAUAUUAUAAAGAGAGACGAAACAAAAUACAGGAUGAUCAUAAGACAAGUGAUCAAAUAUUGGUAGGCUAUUUUUCAUUUUUAGAGUAUAUAGGCUUGUUUUGGUAAAGUUGUAGGCAGGAGAGACGUAUUGUUGAACUUGUGCAGAUUCACCAAUGAUACCAUAAGUGUACAUGAUUAGUAUUUUAUCUUCCAAGUCAACUUGGGAGUAGUAGAUACACCUUGAGCUUAAUACAUUAUGCAUUUAUUCUCUACUUAGCAAUGUAAGUCUAAAUUAAUUCAAUUUCUCAACAA